AUGUCGGAUUUUGAUUUGUCCUUCAUCCCGGCAUUGUACACGCCCCCAGCUCUACUACCCAUCUCCAGACACAGAGCCAGUCUACUUUACACCAUUGAAACACAUCAGGUCACUGUGCUAGUAGGUCAGACAGGCAGUGGGAAAACAACUCAACUACCUCAAUAUCUGGAACAGGCAGGAUGGUGCUCCAGAGGAAAAUGUAUAGCGGUCACGCAGCCCAGAAGAGUCGCCGUCACCACUGUGGCCACGCGAGUCGCCGAAGAGAUGAGAUGCCAAGUGGGUGAACAGGUUGGCUAUUCAAUACGUUUCGAAGAUGUCACAUCCGCCAAAACCAGAAUCAAAUUUCUGACCGACGGCAUGCUGUUGCGAGAAGCCUUGGUCGAUCCGUUGUUCACGAGAUAUUCCGUCAUCGUGAUCGACGAAGCUCAUGAACGGUCACUCAGCUCUGACAUUUUGCUUGGUCUACUGAAGAAGGUCAAGAAGCGACGCCCAGAAUUGAGGAUCAUCGUCAGCAGUGCCACCCUCGAAGCCGAACGCUUUGCUGAUUUCUUUACGGAUCAUGACGCUCCUGACAGUGAGCAACAAUGUCGAAUCGUCAGUAUCGAAGGUCGGACAUAUCCCGUGGAUAUUCUCUAUCUCGAUCAACCGACCGACGACUAUCUGGAGAAAGCCGUACAGACAGCCUUCACAAUCCAUCAACAGGAGCCGCCUGGUGACAUUCUUGUGUUCUUGACGGGUAGAGAAGAAAUCGAAAGAGCCACACAGAAGCUCUCGGAACUAAUAUCAACACUACCCCCGCAAGCACAAGCUCUCCAGCCUCUCCCGCUUUAUGCCGGCCUCAGCACAGAAGAUCAAAUGUACGUCUUCUCCGAAGCGGCGGAGAAUACCCGUAAAGUCAUCCUUGCUACGAAUAUCGCAGAAGCAUCCGUCACCAUUUCAGGUAUCGUGUACGUCGUUGAUUGCGGAUUCGUCAAACUCCGAGCGUUCAAUCCAAACACAAACAUCGAGACAUUGACCCCCUUUCCCACGUCCAAAGCCUCGGCGACCCAACGAGCUGGCCGCGCAGGACGAACCCGACCGGGCAAAUGUUUCCGGCUCUAUACACAGCAAUCCUAUUCAUCGCUCCCCGCCACAACAACCCCGGAGAUCCAACGGUCGAAUCUCGCCCCCGUGGUCCUCCAACUGAAAGCACUCGGCAUCGAUAAUAUUGUCCGUUUCGACUUUCUGUCACCACCGCCCUCGCAACUCCUCAUCCGCGCAUUCGACCUGCUCUAUUCCCUGGGCGCGGUGGACGACUAUGCGAAGCUCACUUCACCGUUGGGAACACGCAUGGCCGAGCUUAGCGCCAUUCCACCCAUGAUGGCUAAAUGUCUCCUUGCUUCCUCCUCGCCACAAUUCGACUGUCAGAACGAGAUGCUCACCCUCGCGGCCAUGACCUCGUUACAAGGCAACGUGUGGUUCCAUCACAGCGGGGAGAAACGGGCCAUGGACUCGUCACGACGGAAAUUCGCUGCCGAGGAAGGCGAUCAACUCACGCUACUGAAUGUUUAUCGCGCGUUUGUGGCCAAGGGGAAGAAGGAGGCGAGAUGGUGUCACGAGAACCAUCUCAAUUUCAAGUCCAUGCAAAGAGCUGUGAGCAUUCGGAAUCAGCUGAGGAGAUAUCUGGAGAGGUUGGGCGUCAAAGUGGACGACUCAGACUCACAGGUAGCAGCCACGUCUGCCAACACCCAAGGAAAGGACAAGACCAGCAAUAUCUUGAGGUGCCUGGUGACGGGCUACUUCUCGCAGGCCGCAAAGAUGCAGCCUGAUGGGACGUUCAAAUCCGUGUCGGGAAACGUCACCAUGCACGCCCAUCCGACUUCCCUCCUGUUCAAUCGGAAAGCAGAAUAUGUGGUCUUUCAUGAGUUGUUGGAGACCGGAGAAAAAGUAUACAUCAAGGACAUUUCAAAGGUAGAGAAGGCCUGGCUUGUGGAGUUUGGAGGAGGUUAUUACAAUCUCAAGAGUUGA